UUGAAAUAACCAUUUCGUCCCGUUGCACAUUCGUCCGAAAUCGUAGUGCGAAAAAAAAGAGGAGUAAAUAGUAACCCAAGAAAAUAAUUUAUUACGCGCCAAAUCAAUUAUAAGAUUUCUUAAACAUUCAAGUAAUUAUAUUCACAAAUAAACAUCAAUCAACUUCGCUAUUAAAAAGUGAACAAAAUGUUGCGUGUUGGUAUCAGAGCUGUUCGUAAGAGUUUUAAUGCAAGAAAUUUUGCUAAUGCAUCAGCACAAGAACAUGCACUAUCGGCGACUUUCAAGAUUCAAGAUCCUAAGGACUUUAAUGAACGCGUAAAAAAUUCUAAAGUGCCUGUGAUCGUCGAUUUUUUCGCGACGUGGUGUAACCCAUGCCGCAUGUUGACUCCUCGUUUAGAAUCAGUGAUCGCAGAGAAACAGGGAAAAGUACUUUUGGCUAAGGUUGACAUUGAUGAAAACAGUGAUCUUGCACUUGAUUAUGAAGUUGGCAGCGUUCCUGUUUUAAUUGCGAUGAAGGAUGGGAAAGUCUUAGAAAGAGUUGUUGGUUUACAAGAUACAGAUAAACUCAGACAAUUUGUUAACAAAUAUGCAGAAUAGUACAAUAUAAUGUUACAUAUAGUAUGGUCUUGUUGUACCUUUUGUAGCUGUGGCAUAUGUUACAUAUUUAAAAAAAAAUAGUAUAUACAUACUUUUCAACUUGGACUAUUUUUCUUUUUUUUUAUUAAAUACAAAGAAAUUGCAGUAAAAGAUUGUAAUCUAUA